CAUAAGGAAAACUGCCGGAGAGCAUCGGGGCCCUCUGUGGGUCUGACCUGGAAGCUUCACGGCUGAAAUUUGACUGUUUACGAUUAUGCAAAGAGCUCGAAUUAAGCUUCCCUGCCCAAGUCUGAGAAGAUGGGAGCUGACCCGAAGCCGUUCUUAAAGCGGUUAUUCUGGCUGUCUGCUCUUCUGGUACUGUUAGAUAAUGCAGCAGCAGCUUCUGAAUUCAACCCUUAUACAGUCCUUGGAGUGUCUAGACACGCCAGUCAAGCUGAAAUCAAGAAGGCGUACAAGCAGCUUGCCAGGGAGUGGCAUCCAGACAAGAAUAAAGAUCCAGGUGCAGAAGAUAUGUUUAUCAAGAUUACUAAAUCAUAUGAGAUUCUGUCAAAUGAGGAGCGGAGAGCAAACUAUGACUGGUUUGGUCAGACAGACGAGAACCAGCACCACGGUCAGGCACCACAGGGCUUCCGGCACUUCCAUGACAGCUUUUACUUCGACCAGUCCUUCUUUCAUUUCACACAGUCGACACGAGAUUUCACAGACAGCAAGCACCUUCUUCGCUAUGAGCAUUACAUGAACGAGGUGGUGCCGGAUAGCUUCAAGAGGCCCUACCUAAUAAAGAUAACAUCAGAGUGGUGUUUCACCUGCAUCCAUAUUGAGCCAAUAUGGAAAGAAACAAUUCAGGAGCUGGAGGCUUUAGGUGUGGGCAUUGGUAUAGUGGACAUUGGAUAUGAAAAGCGGCUGGCGAACCAUCUUGGCGCCCACCGCACCCCCUCUAUUCUGGGGCUCAUUAAUGGCAAAGUGACCUUCUUCCAUUAUGCUAUAUCCAGGGAGUACCUGAGGCAGUUUAUAGAAAGCCUACUACCACAGAGACUAGUGGAGAAGGUGACAGAUGAUAACUACUUGCAGUUUUUGAACGGUUGGCGUGAAGAGAACAAACCAAGCGUGCUGCUAUUUGACACAGUGCCUACAGUGCCUUUACUGUAUAAGCUCACAGCGUUUGCUUAUCGGGAUUUUGUGAGGUUUGGGUACGUAGACCAGGGCCUGACUGAGACGACACGCAUCCUGCAGCAGUUCAACAUCAACACAUACGCUCCUACCAUGCUCCUGUUUAAGGAGAACACAGAGAAACCUGCAGAUGUCAUACAGUUUAGGGGAAUGAAGAAGCAGAUCAUUGAUGAGUUUGUCUCCAACAACCGUUUCCUGCUGGUGCCUCGGCUGGUAAACCAGAAGCUCUUUGAUGAGUUGUGUCCAGUGAAACAGUUCCACCGGCGCCGAAAGUACUGUGUCUUGCUCAUCACGGGGGAGGAUGAGGCUUUUGUCUCAGUGAACGAUGCUUUCUUUGACUUUGCCUCCUCCAACACUAAAGAGGUGCUGAGAUUCGCUUAUGUCUAUCAGCGGCAGCAGCAGCCUCUCUGUGAUACCCUUCUCAAAAAGGAGGACAUGAGUCCUCCCCAGGUGAUAAUUCUGGAGAGGCGGAGUGCUGCAGGUAAGGUGCUGUAUCGGACAGUGACAGGUGGCUGGAAUGGAAGUGAUGAGGAUAAGCACCGCCUUCAUGAGCAGCUGGAGCUCUUGCAGAGAGAUCCCUCAUUCCUCACCUACGAUGCCAUGCUGCCUGAACUUAACAAUGAGUUCGCUUCUAUGUUUCUAAUUCAGUGGGCAAAUGCCGCUUAUGAUUAUCUCUCUCAAAUGUACUUUGACCUUCUCCACUCCAACUGGCGAGAGAUGAUGCCCAUUGUGUCUCUGAUCUUCUCUGCUCUCUUCAUUCUGUUUGGAACAGUCAUCAUUCAGGCUUUUAGUGACUCUGGUGAGGAAAAGCCACCCAAGCAGAAAGCCAAUGAAUCACCAAAGACAGCUGAGAGCUCUCCAAAUGCUGAAAACACAACAAGCCGUCCUCCUAAGAAGAACUUUGUAGAGGUGACGGAGCUGACUGAUGUGACUUACACCAGCAACCUGGUGAGGUUGAGACCUGGACACAUCAACGUGGUGCUGGUGCUCACUGAUGCUUCCAAACAAGUUCUGCUGAAGAAGUUUGCCAAAGAAGUGUACUCUUUCUCAGGAUCUCAGACUCUUCACUACUCUUUCUUGAAUGUGGACAAGCACAUCCAGUGGAUGGACACUCUCUUAGAGUUGGUGCCCGAUGCUAGACCUUCGGACGAUGAGGAAGAAGAGGGCGCGUCCUCCUGUAAACGAGACUACACUGGCUACGUGCUGGCACUAAACGGCCAUAAGAAAUACUUCUGCCUCUUCAGGCCUGUGUUCACGGGCGACGAGCCGGACUGCAGCAGGUCGUCUGACGAGGAUGGUGGAGCUUCUCGGGUGAGGUCCAGGAGCAGCUCCCGACAACGAGCAUCCACUCUGCAGAUCCAUCACAAACUGGACCGACUCAGCCUGUGGAUGGAGAGGCUGAUGGAGGGCACCCUUCUCAGGCACAAUGUUCCAGCCUGGCCUGAUCUGGACUCCAUCACUCCUCAGAAAUGAAUGGGCUGGAAGUGGCUCAUACAAGCAAGGCCGUGUUCACUCCUGCCUACAAAACAGCUGGUCUAGACUGCCCUGCAGGGGGCGUCUCAUGAUAACACAUAGCAGGAGUUGUUGAUGUUGACCUGAAAUAAUUGUUGGUACACUGUUUGUGUAAAGUGUGUAAGGCUUUAUUAGGAAACUGUGACUUUUACAGAAACGUUAUUCUGGAUUGUGCACUGAACCCAAAUCACUAUAG